CAUCAUUAUUAUUAUUGUCGCACACCCACAGGAGUUUCUCUUUCAUAUUAAUUUUGAGAAGGGCGACGCUAUUACGUCCGGACUCAUUUUGAAUGUUUUGCUUCCCUUGCCCUCCCAGCUGGAUGCAUCAAUCUCAUCUCAGAUCCAUUUCAUCUUUCCCGCGAAUCCCCGUUUGUUACAGGAAAGACUCACUCAGGAGUGUAUACACCGUGGUUUAACCGAGAACAGAUCUGCGUUACACUAUGGACCCUAUGAACCGGCAGGUCCUCCCCCCCUCCCCCCACGGGAGAGUAUAAAGGGGACCCAUGGAUGUCCCCAUCCCGUCCAGUCUUCACUCCGCUUCGGAUCCCCUCCCCCAAAGAUAACCUUCACCUUAAUCCUUCCGGGCCACCAUGAUGAACACAGCGCCAUCGACAGCAAUCGCCCUCUCCUCAGCUCCUAAGCUGUACCGGCUGCCAUCAUUGUCGAUGGUUGUUCCGAACCCAAGGUCUGUCGUGGUCGGCUACGCUCGUGCUUCUGUUCUUGCCAUCAUGGAGAAAGCCAUCGUCAGAGGCUACCUCACCAUCUCUGAUUCCGAGGGCGUAUUCCACUUUGGUUCGCGCACGAAGGACUGCAAUGAGGUCCACCUUAAAGUCACAAGAGAUGACUUCUGGACUCGUAUUCUUUUUUCUCAGGACCUUGGGUUCAGUGAAGCGUACAUGGUAGGCGACGUACAAGUGGACAACCUCAAAGCUGUUUUCGAUCUUUGGCUCGACAAUGAGGCUGGUAUGGGCCACCUUUCUUCAGCUGCCAACCGGGUAGCAUCGGCGAUAUCCGGCCUCUCCAACGCCUUCCUUGGGCAGACACGGUGGAAAGCCCGUCUGAAUGCCAUCGCCAGUUACGACCAAUCAAAUGAACUCUUCAAGGCUUUCUUGAGUAAGGAAAUGAUGUAUUCUUGCGCCCUGUGGACAGACGCGGAGGGUGGCGUGCGUGGGGACUUGGUAACUGGGCCAACGCCCGGGGACCUCGAAACGGCACAGCUUCGCAAAAUCCGGCAUGUCCUUACCGCGGCUAGGGUCAAGCCUGGAGACCGAAUUUUGGAGUUUGGCUCUGGUUGGGGUGGUCUCGCCAUUGAGGCUGCCAGAACAUUUGGGUGUGAGGUCGAUACUUUGACGUUGUCUAAGGAACAGAAAGCACUUGCGGAGGAGCGUAUCAAGGAGGCCGGUUUUCAGGAUCGUAUUCGAGUCCACCUUAUGGACUAUCGCGACAUCCCUCCCUCCUUCGAAAAAGCCUUCGACGCAUUCGUCAGUAUCGAAAUGUUGGAGCACGUGGGUUCCCAGCACUAUCACACGUACUUCAAGCUUGUCGACUACGCUCUGAAGUCGCGAAACGCAACCGCCGUGGUUAGUGCGUCUAGUUUCCCAGAGUCACGCUAUUCCCGCUAUCAGCCGGAGGACUUCAUGCGCAAAUACAUGUGGCCUAACUCGUGCCUGCCCAGUGCUACCGCGUUGAUCGCCGCAGCCAAUUCCGGUUCAGAAGGGCGAUUCACCCUCGAAGGUGUCGAAAAUCACGCUGCUCACUACCCUCGAACCCUCCGAGAAUGGGGACGUCGCCUUGAAGCCAAUGUCAAACAAGAACUGAUUAUUAAGGAUUAUCCGGCAUUGGCCGACGCCGCUGAAUAUGAAGUCUUCAAGCGGAAAUGGCAAUAUCUGUUCGCAUAUGCUGGGGCUGGUUUCGCCAAAGGGUACAUCACCUGUCAUAUGCUCACUUUCGCACGUCCAAAUGACUGCCCUCCCACCUGUGAUUAAAUUCAUUCGGACGCUUCGAAUUCGAAAAUUUACCACCAUCCUUCGUAUUUUAUUAUGACUCAUAAAUUCCUAUAAAUUCGGAACGCACUGUUUUAUAGAUUUCGUUUUUUUGGGGGCCACCGCGUUUUCGUUCGUUCCAGCGAGCGCGCCUGCCGUGUUUAGAUAGCAUAUUAUUAGCACUCAAGUACUCAUCCCAUCGUAGCGAUAAUAUUUAGUCCUUGGCAAGCCCUUGGGACAAUGUAACGUAGCGAUGUAUCACAUUUUAUAAGUACCCGCAUGUAUAUUUGCAAGUUGCGAUAGCAAAAAUACUUAGGAUUUUUAACUUCCCUCAUUUUAGCUGCCCGCGAGUGAUUCAGCCUCAUUAUAUGAAGCUUGCGACUGUACUUCACACCAAUCCAGUCCGGUAUGCAAGUGUUUCUACCUUUGUAAACUGUCG